UAUGAGAGAGAGAGAGAGUGUGUGUGUGAGAGAGAGGGGUGUGUAUACAUAUAUAUAAAUGCGUGUGUGAGAGAGAGACAGUGUGUGAAUGUGUGGGUGGUGUGUGUGUGUGUGUGUGUGUGUACGCGACAUUAACAGUGCAGUUUUGUCCGUGCUUUAGUACGGUAUGUUUUUCAUUUGAUGAAUGUUUCACCGGUAAAACUGUGUUCAAAUGAGCUUUCGGUGUGAUUGUAGGUGACACUAUUUGUAGGCGCGCCUGUUUGUGACCGCCUCCCCAUCCCCACCCCCACCCCUCUCUCUCAGUAACUGCGUAGGGACUGCCCUCUCUUGGUCAGUCUCCCCUAGGUCUGACUUUUAAUGAACGGAGCCCCCGCGUCCAGUUCCCUUUAACAGAAGGAGCGAGAGCGUGUGACUGGGACGGAGACACGAGAGGGAUCAGCAGCGGGAACAGACUGAAACGGGAAUCGUUACAAAGGGAGCGCAACGCUUGAAAUAUCCGGAUGGACGGGACGGGACGGGAGGAAGAGGAGGAGAGGGCAGAGGCCAGCGAGACCCGUUCGCGCUGAGAGUGGAGGAAUGUGCAGCAGAGACCGACUGACUCUCUGACUCCCUCCAGAAUGGCGGCCAAGCGCAAGUCCAGCGCUCCACAACCGGUGGGGCCGAAUGGACAGGAGAGGGCAGCAGGUGAGACCGAGGAAGGGAGCUGGUCCAGGCCUGGGGCCCCUGAGGUGUUGUACGACCGGGAGCAGGACCGGGAGCGAGUGCUGGGAGCCAGUCGACGCUGGGAGAGGGAGGAGGACAAAGACCAGGAAGAGGAUGGAAUUGAGGACGAGGAAGGGCCAGAGGGAUACCACUGCCAGAUCUGCGGGUACCAUGCUGACCAGUUGCAGCCCUUCAACCUCCAUCUUCACACUGUCCACCCAGCUGUGGUGCUGCAGGAGCUGUACGGCCUGUUGGGCCUACCUGCAAGCCUCGUGCCUGGCCUCCUGGGGGCCCCUGUCCCGGGACUGGGUGUAACUAUCAGUCCCCGGCCCAUCCUCAGCCCCAGCCAUAUUAGAGGUCCCAUCCCUGGCCGGGGACCCGAGCAUAUCUGGGGACUCCUCUCGAGGCUGGGGCCUACCGGGGGCCUGCAUCCCGGUCUGAGACUGACUGGAGGGCCUAUUGCUGGCCUAGGACUGACUGAAGAGUCCCACCUCAGCCUGGGAGUGACCGGAGGCCCCCAUCCCAGUCUGGGAUUUAGAGGGAGGCCCAUUGCUGGCUACGGACUGACCAAGGAUCCCCAACCCAGCCUGAGACUGACUGGAGAUCUUUAUCCCAGCCUGGAACUGACUGGUGGCCCUACCAAAGGACCUCACCCCAACCUGUCCCGGGGGACAACCUCAGGCCUGGGCCAAACAGCACAUAUGCUCCUGGGCCAGCCCGAGGGCCACAGCCCCAGGGCAGAAGGCGAAUGUGGGGGCAGGGAGUCAGCUAUCGUGCAGAUCGACCUGACAGGCGAGGAUGAGGCCGAGGCAGGCGGGGAAGCUGAGUCUGGGCCAGGAGCUGCAGCCAGCCCAGAGAAGGCAGCUCCCAUUCCCUCAGCAGUGACAGUGGAGGGCACCUCCUCCUCCUCCCAGUGCAAGCUACCAGAGCCUACCACUGAGCCAGAUCCAGACAACGAGCUGGAGCUGGAGGCCGGUGGGCCCCUGGCUGAGUCCUUCAGCCGCUUCCCUUACCCGAGCCCGGCCGAGCUGGCCCGCUGUGGCCUGUCAGCAGGGCUACCGGCAGAGCGGGUCAGGGUGUGGUUCGCUGUGCAGAGACUGCGACACGGCAUCAGCUGGACCCCUGAGGAGGUGUGGGAAGCCCGCGAUAAGCUGCAGCAGGGCCGCAGCCCACUACGACUCCCACUGCCCACAAUGGUGCCAGGGUCCAAGUGUGUCCCGGGACCGUGUGGUCUUAAGGGCCAGGCUCACCCAGCGGGCCUUAGGAGUGGCUCCUCCCCCGGCCACCUUCCUCUAGAACAAACAGAGUGCUGGAAUUCCAAGGCCCGCGACAGCCCGGGAGGGGAAGCUGGUCCUGAGAGCAAACCCCUCCUUCAGCAGGAUGGGGAGGAGGAGGAGGAGGGGGAGAUGGAUGAGGAGGAGGGGCCGCAAGAAGCCGCCCCCAGGCUGGCCAGUCCCCGCCUCCAACCCCCCCUGCUAGGCCGUCCCCGUAAGUCCAAGGAGCAGCUGGCCGUGUUGAAGGGCUUCUUCCUGCGAUGCCGCUGGCCGAGUGCUGAUGACUACAGCAGGCUGGUGCAGAGCACUGGCCUGGCCCGUGCAGACAUCAUCCAGUGGUUUGGUGACACCCGCUACGCCCUGAAGAAUGGGCAGCUCAAGUGGGUCCACCGGGGCUCAGCGGCCUUGGCCGGGGUCCGAGGGGGAGGAAGCCGGGCAGGGGGCGGUGGCUGCCCAAGGCGGGGAGAGAUGACCCGGGGGCUGCAGGAAGCCGGCUCUGAGAAGGAGCAGCUGGAGGGUGAAGAGGAGAAGGUGGUGGGCAAACGUGGGCUGAACCAGGAAAUAUCUGGUCAUGGCAACCCUGUUGUCAGGCUGGUGCUUUAACUCUGGGAAGGGUUGGAUGAGAAGGCUGAAAAGGGAGGUGAUCCUCCUGGGAUCUCGUCUGCCUGGGAUUGAGGGGUCGACUCUGCCAGAAAUGAAGGGUUCACCUUUGCCUUAGGUGAGGAGUCAAUUCUGCCCAGGGUGAGUGGUCAUUUCCAACGAAAGCAGGGGGUGAACUCUGAAUGAAGUGAGAAUUCCACUCUGCCCAGUCCAGAUUGGCCAACUGUACCCCCACUGUCCACCCCAGCUGUCCCUUUACCUGCUCAGGCGGGAAGAGAAAGUGGGGAGGGGUGGUGGGGGGGAUUUAUGUCGAUAUGGAGAGGGUCAAUCCUGCCUGUGCUGGCAGAGUGUCAACAAGCUCAGCUCCCUGGGCACUGAGGACCACUUGUAUGGUUAAGGAGCAAGGGUGUGUGGCCCUCAUUACUCCAGGGGCUCUGCCUUCUUCACCAUCAGCACCUGCACCCCCUCCCCACUGCCAUGCUCCCUUAUCUGGUCCAGUGAUGGGAUGACCUUACCCUGGCCUUGGGACUAACAUGGAAGAGUAGUGGUUGGGUCCUUCGAGAGUCCCAUCCCACGGCGGUCAGUCCCACUCCGGACUGCUGUUCAGGUGGGAGUUCCAGAAAUGCACCUCCCCUCCAUAGUAGAGAAUUUCUCCCCAUCUCUGUCCGGAGUGACACCCUCAUCUUGCCUCUAGGCUCCUUAGCCAGACAAAACAUUGGCCAUGUUGAGCCCUGAAUGACUUUUCGGCUUUCAGUGGGUUCUUCAAUCACUGACGGUUGUGAGACCAUGUUUAAGUGCUGAUCCCAACACAUAACAGGGAAGAAUGGGAUCUGCGCACAGCAUCCCCUUGCUCCCAUUGAACUCCCCACCACCACCACUAUAGCCUCUUCCAAGCCAGGGAUGCAAUACCAUGUUUGACUUCAGUGAACCCUGCACAUCCUCGUGAUCUGGUGAACGUCUUCAGGAUGAGGUGGUGUUGGGGGCAAGAGAUGUCUCUUCAUAGAAGAGGGUAAUUGGGAAGAAAAUGCCACUCCCAGCAUUGACCUAUGUUGGGAUUCACAAGACCUUUACCUAUUCUAACCUCACCCUCCCACUCCUGUAUCACCGUCUUUCCCUGGAAUGAAUUGGACUGCUGGCUCCCACAAAGAUCGAAUCCUUGACCCCAGUCUGACCCACUCCAUCGCCUUGUCCACCUUGGGAAGACAUAUUGGAUGAUUGGGAGCGUCUCAGAACCAGUAUGCACUGGUGUUGCUCAUCCUGAUUGGCUGUGUGGACUGACCAGAAUUGUGUUGCUAUUUCCAAAAAAAACUUUUUAUUAAUCAAC